AUGCCGAAGGUAUCCGCUGGAGCAAUAUGGACGGUGUACCUCGUCGUGCUCAUGGACAUGGUAAACUUCGGCAUCGUGUUCCCGCUUCUGCCAGCGAUAGCAGAGCAUUUUGGUGCUGAUGCAACACAAGUGGGCAGUUUAGCUACCGCCUUCUCGGUGGCUCAGGUUGCCUUUACACCCCUCUUGGGCCGGGCAUCCGACAGAUAUGGACGCCGCCCCGUGCUCUUGAUUGCAGUCUUCGGAACGAUGGUGUCGACUGCGAUGACAGGCUUUGCAUGGAGCUUUCCGAUGAUCGUAGCAGCCCGCGCCAUCAACGGUGCCAGCGGAGGCACUGUCGGCAUUGCAAAUGCCUAUAUCGCCGAUGCCACAACGAGUGAGGAGAAGAGCGUGUACAUCUCCUACUUGCAGGCUUGCAAUUCCAUCGGGAUCAUUGUUGGCCCCGCCCUUGGAGGCGUACUCAGCCACCUGGGCUUUUCCGUGGCCUGCUAUGUCUCAGCCGGCCUGUCCGGGCUUAACCUUGUGAUCGGAAUUAUCUUUCUGACUGAGGCCAAGCCCCGUGGAAACCAGGCCCGAGAAGCAGUUGCCUCCUUGACAGCUGCAGAGGGCGGCACGGCACGAGACGAAGAAGGAGCAGGAACGCAGGUUGCAGCCGAGGAAAGCAGAGGAGCCGCUGCGUCGCGACUGCAGGCGCGCCAAUCCUCUGCCGACACAGGCCUCGACUACAUCCCAUGGUCUGCCGGGCUCCUCUUCGGUGCAGGGUUCCUCUUCAUGCUGGGCUUUGCCUCCUUCGAGAGUGUCACAGGCUACUACCUCAUGGACAUGUACUACCCAGGCGACCAAGUUGCCAGCGGCCAGUUCUAUGGAGCGUUAUUUACCAUUGCCGGAGUGACAAUGUUCCUAGUCGCUGUCUUUGUGUACAAGCCUAUGUUGAAGUGUUUCGGCGAGAACCUCACCAUUGUCAUCGGCGGUGUCUUCCGAACAUUGGGCUUCGUUGGAAUGGCUUUAGCUCCCUCUCCAUUUUGGUUCGCGGUCUGUGCGGUCUUCCAAGUUUCCGGAGGCAACCUCAUCUCGCCGACCACGUCGUCGCUCCUGACCACGAUCUGCUCGAAAAACAUCUACGGCAGGGCUCUGGGAUACCAGCAGGCCUUUCAAGCAAUCGCACGCAUCUUCGCGCCCAUGAUCUUCGGUUAUUUGUACGAUCAUUACGACAAGCGCAUCACCUUCUGGAUCAACGCCGGCACCAACGUUUUGGCCGUGCCGAUGAUCAUCUGCGUGCCACGGCCGAGAGAAGAGCCGACCUUCGAGGUUGUGGACGCCAACGUUUCCUGCAUGGAGCGUCAGACCUCCGUCCCGCCCUCCCUCGACGGCAGAGAGCACCACCCGACCUUGCGGCGGCAGCUGUCCGGCAAGGGGUCAG